GCUUUAAAAGUUAAAGAAGGAAUCUUCAUUGAGUUGGGAGUUGGUUUUCCUUUUGAGAAUUGGAUAUUUUGGGUUCUUUUGUUUUGCUCUGUUUUCUUGGCAACCGGGCAGAGGGGGUUUGGGUAGUCUUGUUCGAAUAUCUGAAUUGUAAUUGAAUUAUUUGAAUGCCAUUGUUUUGGAGCUGAAUUGAUGUUUUCUAUUUGUCGCUUGUUGUUGCGCUUUUGAUUGGAUUUUGUGUCGAUAUCUUGCUUUCGGGAGAAAUAAAUUUUUUUUGGCUUCUUUUUAUUUCACGCAAAUGGCAAAUUACGCUAGCCUACCCUGGUUUUUUAUAAUUUCUCGUUUAACUCAAUGUCCAUGAAAGCUAUUUGAUUAUAUGUUUCUCUUUUCUUGUUUCUGUGGCAUUUUGAAGCUUUGCACUUUGCACCUUGCACCACCCAUUUACAAUAUAUGGCUUUUUGUUUGACGUGGUUCGUUACCAUUCAUUUUCAGCCAGUACCUUCUUCUUAUGCAUUUACCAAAGAUUUGUAUCCUUGGAUUUCUGAUGCUGUUAGGAGAACUUAUAUGUAGAAAUUUGUGGGCACUUGCUUGUGGUGUGCAUUAAUUCCAGUUUCUCUUUCUUCUUCUACUUCAACCAUGUCGAGUUUGGAGGAACCACUUGGUCUUGACAAGUUGCCAAGUAUGAGUACUAUCGAUAUGAUUCAGAGGUUCUCUUCGGGUGCUUGCCGGCCAAGAGUAGAUGAUAUGGGAAUGGGGAACUGCUUUAUUGAAGGAAGGAGUUGCAGCUCAUCCAACAGUUGCACUGAAGAUUAUCAAGAGUAUUCGAAGGAAGCAUUCCCGUGGAGAAGGCAUACAAGAGACAUGUCCCAAGGUGAUUUUCUUAGUAGAAGGUCUUUGAGCUUAGGCCGAAACACCAAGGUAUUUGGAAAGGUUUGUGAUACACGGCAUGUUCCAGACCAUCAAUACAACUCCAAUUGCAAUGGCCACGGCAUACGGGAGAUGCCAAAUAAGUAUUUGAAAGGUAUACCAAAGUUUGUAAAGAUAGUAGAAGUUGGUCCAAGAGAUGGAUUACAGAACGAGAAGAAUAUUGUCCCUACCUCUGUAAAGGUUGAGUUGAUCCAUAGGCUAGUAUCUUCUGGAUUGUCAGUGGUUGAGGCUACAAGUUUUGUGUCACCUAAAUGGGUUCCUCAGCUGGCAGAUGCGAAGGAUGUAAUGCGAGGAGUUUGUAAUUUGGAGGGUGCUAGAUUGCCUGUCUUGACACCUAACUUAAAAGGCUUUGAAGCAGCUGUUGCAGCUGGUGCUAAGGAGAUAGCAGUCUUUGCAUCAGCUUCUGAGUCAUUUUCAAAGUCAAACAUCAAUUGUACCAUUGAAGAGAGUCUUGCUCGUUACCGUGCUGUUACUCGUGCUGCUAAAAAGCUCUCAAUUCCUGUUCGAGGGUAUGUAUCGUGUGUAGUUGGCUGCCCAGUGGAAGGAGCAAUUCCUCCUUCAAGAGUGGCAUAUGUUGCAAAGGAACUGCAUGACAUGGGUUGCUUUGAGAUUUCCCUGGGUGACACCAUUGGAGUUGCUACACCAGGGGCUGUUGUUCCUAUGCUUGAAGCUGUAAUGGCUGUUGUUCCUGGUGAAAAGCUUGCCGUUCACUUCCAUGACACUUACGGACAAUCUCUUCCAAACAUUCUUAUAUCCCUCCAAAUGGGGAUUAGCACAGUGGAUUCCUCUGUUGCUGGUUUAGGUGGGUGCCCAUAUGCUAAGGGAGCUUCAGGGAACGUUGCUACUGAGGAUGUUGUGUACAUGCUUAAUGGUCUUGGUGUAAACACAAAUGUGGAUUUGGCAAAGCUUAUGCUAGCUGGGGAUUUCAUCAGCAAGCAUUUGGGUCGCCCGUCUGGUUCAAAGACUGCCAUCGCACUGAACCGAAUGACAGACGAUGCCUCUAAAAUAUAAGAAAUUUCAGGUAGAUAUAUAAGUUUAUAUUUAUAUAUUUGAAGCAAGGUCGAGAAGGAGAUCUCAAGCUUACAUGGCAUGACUACUUUCUGUAUGCUGCCCCAUAAUAAUAAAAACAAACAUACAUAUUCUGGGGGUAAAGAAUCAUUGUUGUCCAAAUCUGCCAAUUAUUACAUGCAGAAUUUGCCAAUUUUAGUAAAUAGAUAGAUUACCAUAUUUAGUUA